GGCCCCGGGAGGUCCAGCCCCGGGAGGGCCGGAGGCGGGCGCUGCCGGGCGGGACCCCGGCCCCGGGGACCCCUCCCCACACUGGGGGGAGCCGCCCCGGACGCCCCCGUCCCCCGCGGGGCCUGGGGACCAGAGCGGGGACGUCGAGGAGGAGGAGGAGGAAGAGCCGGCGCUGCGAGCGAUGCUGUCGGCCGUGGCCGGGAGCCGGGUCCCGGUGCGGAGCCAGCAGAAGGACGAGCCGGACUUGACGGAGCGGGAGAAGCUCUCCAUCCUGCGGGCGCUCUACCGGGAGAAGCCGCUGGUCUUCCUGGAGCGGUUCCGGGGCAGCCUGCGGGCCGAGCACCUGGCCUGCUUCCGCCACCUGCGAGGGGACUACCGCGCCGACUUCUACUGCGCGGAGGUGGCCGAGGCCGGCCGGGCCCGCGCCACCCGCACCCGCCUCCGCAACAAGCGCUACGCCGCCCUACGCCAGCUCAUCCAAGGCGGGGAGUAUUUCAGCGACGAGGAGAUGCGGGCCCGCGACCCCCUCCUGUACGAGCAGUACAUCGGCCAGUACCUGAGCGAGGAGGACCAGGCCCCGAGCCUGCAGCAGUCGCCCCCGGCCGCCGGCGGCACCCUGUCCUCCGUGCUGCUGCAGGCCUACCACGAGCAGCUGCUCCGGACCCGGCUGCAUCGGCAGCAGGAGGAGGAGGACGCCUGCCUGGAGGAGGAGGAGGAGGACGACGACGACGACGAGGUGGAAGCAGAGGGGCCCGGUGAGGAGGCGGGCGACGGCUGGGAGCCCGAUGCCGAGGAAAAGGGGAUGCUGAGGGAGGAGUUCACCAGCCGCAUGUACCAGCGUUUCCUCGACGGCAAGGACCCAGACUUCGACUACAGUGAGGUGGACGACAACCCCGAGCUCGAUAACCUGGACAUCGUGUCUCGGGACGCGGAGGAGAGAUACUUCGAUGAGGAGGAGCCCGAGGAGGCCCUGGACACGGGGCCUGACGAGGAGUAGGAGCCAGGCCGGACCCACAACCGGCCCUUGACCCCUGCGACCCUCGCCCUAUAAACACACACACUCAUACAC